AUGUUUCAUCACGCAAUCAGAAAUAUAUCAAAGACCAGUACUACACAUAUCAAAUAGAAAAUAUUUUUGGUGACUAUCUUCAAAUGUACUCAAGUUACAAAAGAAAUGUGAAAAAAAGAUUGCCAGUGAGCCCAGCAUCCGAACUACUUGGCCAGGCUUUCCGAGACAUGCGGAAGAGAAGAACUUCAAAAAAUGAUGAAGGGAUAAAGUCAAGUAAAACCCCGCUAAAGGAAAUCAGAAAAUUAUUUGUUUCCUCAAAACCAAACCUACUUGAACAGCUUACGGCAAACUUUGACAUGGACGAUCUUUUUGUGUCGAAGGACGAAUUUCCUGCUUCGGAUAGCGAGUCAUUUACCACAUGCCAUCCAGGCUACAUGUAUUUUUUUAUGCUCACAUAUCUGCACUGUCUCAACAAGCAAAUAGAGGAAAAAUUGGAAAGUAAUUUCGGAAAGAACUGGCAAGCCAACAAAAUUUGGUAUGGUGUCUCUAUUGAUAAAAAUCUAUCGGACAAUGUAUUCGGUACAAUAAACAAAUUGGAAAAAUCAUUCUUUGCAAGUGGAAUACUUGGGAAGGACGACGGACUUCGAAAAGCAAAAUUAUGUACCCGGGGUGAAGAAAUUCUACCAGCUAUCCAACACAAGUAUCAACACUUGGACUUUAGUUUGAAAUCAUACUUUGUUGUUGCACAAAUAUCUUCAAAGCAUAUUCAACUCAGUUUGCAUCAAGUGGUUAAACUGGCAUCACCCGGAAAAGAUCCAGCGUCCAUCAUUAUUCAGGAUGAAAUGAUACAAAUCGAUGAUGUAUAUGAUACACUUUGUAAGAGUAUUAUGAAGAGCCUACAAGUCAAUUGUCAAGUUGACUAUUGUACCACGCACAAUAGUGAGGAAGACACACAAUAUGAUUUGCAGUCAUUAGAGAUAUAUAACAAUAUUUAUCGAAAUUUAAAACCAUGCGUUGUUGAACUUUUCGAAAAAACCAAGUCAAAUUUGGACAUGGAUUCCAAAAUACAGCUGAAUAUCAACACGAAAUGUGGUUGCAGUAUUAGCAUAUUUCUUCGUGACAUUAUUGAAGUAUGUCUUAUGUCAGUGAUAGAAAGCAUAUCAGGAGAUAUAACGGCAUCUUUGACCAACAAAAAACUAUUUGAAAACUAUGUACAGAAAUAUAUUUUCGUGUUUGGUGAUCCGUUCAAUCUGGCGCAGGGUUCAAUGAUCCACAUAGCAUACACCAUGAUUAUGCAAAAAGCGAUGGAUGACGUCGUAUAUAUGGAAGAAAAAGAUACAAAGAUAUUUGUACUAAGAGAAUCAAUCUUCCAAUUACUGGAGACGUUUUUAUCUGGAAAAAAGCCUUACAUGUUUGAAAGGUUUGUCACCGGAACUUUGUGCCAAGUAUCAAGCAAUACAUACGGGAUACGGAUUUUAUUUAGUUAUAUAUCCCGAUCGAUGAGUUUCACCCGAAUAAACAGUGAUGGUGAUAUCAAAAAUACUAUUGCAGAUGAUGGUAGUUAUUUGGUAUUUAUUCAGAAAGGGAAGCCAGUUCCAACAAAAGGGUUUAUAAUUCAGAUCAAUGAACCUAAAGGGAUUCUUCAAUUAGAAAGUUCAACCAGUACUGUUCCGGACAAGUAUACUCUAUUGCACAACGACACUCCUGGUGUUACUUAUACAAACGACUCUUAUUAUUUGACGGGUAUUUCUAUUAAUACAUAUGUGAUAGAAUAUGAGCAGAUUAGCAAUAAUUUAUCUAUCAAAAUAUCAAGAGGAUGCGUGGGCAAUAUUAGGGACUAUAUUGAUGAACCUUAUUACUUAACCGAAAAUAUCAUGGAGCCAUUGACACUCGCUUAUCUUUAACAUAUCACUGCCUUCAAUAAAAUCAACCUAUUUUUAAACCACCGUUUUAAACCUAC